CGGUGGCUCCCGCGCAGUCUCUCUGCCAUCGGUGUUGUCACGAAGUUUGCAUUCGUCGUCGUCAUACCCGAAUCAAAUGUGGAUGUUUCGAGUAGACUCGCGUGACACAUUUAUUCUCGAGAAGAAAGCCAAAGUUUCGACGAUUUAUUCAGUGUCGCGCUUUGCUUGACUUUGUCAAGAUGUUUUAUCCGCUCCCUCGUGAAUCGAGAUUACGCUGGAAAACUGAGCGCUCUUUGACACCUGAACAAUGUGUGAAAACGUGUUAAACAUGUUGACGGCCGGUUACACGCUCAAUCCGAGUCGAAGUCGUCGUUUUUUCGUUCAGAAAAUAUCACCCUAGUGUCAGACUCAGAGGAUUAAAAUUUCAACGAUGACACCGUGAAAACGUGACGGUGGAAAGUGCAUUUGCCGGCAUCAACGCACUUUGCGGAUCUCAGAGUAUGUUUUCAGUUCUUCGACGACUGACGAUCGCUGAAAAUGGCGGGAGUGUGAGCGGCCACAGAACUGUAGUGUCUCCGCAUCCUAUUUUAACCUGAACAGUCUUUUCGAAUGCUCGAACCAACAAAAUGUCGGAAAGUGAACGAAUUGCAAUCGACAGUUUACGAUCCUUGCUGAAAGCGAGUGAGAAACUUGUGCCCGAUAAUUAAACUUCGCAGAAACGAGUUUGAAAGAUUUUCAUUUUAAAAAUCUAUUAAGAAAGCACCAUUAAAAGCAUGUGAGCAUAACAGAGUGAUCGAGCAAUCGUUUUGGUCAACCAGGAUGUGCACAAACUCGGUAAAAUGGAGUUUCGCUGAUGAAAAAUAUUCAAACGACGCAAAAAUAGAGCGAAGCAAAUGCGAGCACCUUCGAUAAAAAGUGUCUCUGCUUGUGCGAACAAUAAUCGAUAUUUUCUCAACUCCUGUGCACCUCGUGUAUGAAUGUCUAACCGGGUCUAGCCGUGAAGCACUAUCCUAGAAAGUUUUUACGGUGUGUAUAUAAAACGAGGAUCGAGGAGCGAACACGAAACACGCGCGCGCACCAAUCGUCUGACUAUCACCGAGGCGUUUCCACUUGCGCUCUGGGUCCUCGUUUGUGCGAUCCUCCGGACUGUCAUCAGUGUCCGAAACGACUUGGUAUAGACUCAGUGGCACACGAGUCUGCACAAAUCGCUCCGGAAUCGCGUCAAUAGGGUCUUUUAAUUUGUAUUUCUACUCGGAAUUCAUGAUUGCAAUAAUUUUUCACGGAUGGAUCAGACCUGGGAUGGAUUUUAUAUCGUGAAAUUCAAUAUUUUAUUACGGUGAAGAAUUCCCGUUGAGUGACUCUGUAUACGAGCGUUAUCGGGAGGAAUUUCAAGAAUAUUUGUUCACCCAAUAAGUGUGUGAAUACGCUAUCUCGUUUUGUCGAUUUUAAGCAGAGGAUAGAACAACUCAAGUGUUCAUUCCCCCGCCCCUCCCGCGUCGUACUCUUUUUCUUUCAAUCAUCGAAUGAGACUAUUUCGAGAAAUCGAUUUAUUCAUAGUAUUUGGAAGCAUGUGCGAACUCGGUUUUCAUUAUCAAUAUUCUCGGGAGUAUAAUUGAAAAUAAAAACGUUUCAUACUUCUGGUGCAACGUACGUGGGCUUGAUUUAAUCGUGGAGUUACAAAAACCUCUUUCGACUCGCCCGUUCGUUCGAUUUCAAUGGCUCGAGCGAAAUCAUCGACGCGUCUUGACUAAACAAAUCAUUCGAUCGAAAGAAUAAUAUUCGAAUGUGUAACGUUCAAUAUAUCAGUUUGCUCGAUACAUUCGCUGAAUAAAGAACCAAUCAGGCAUCACGAGACCUUGAAGUUGGCUCUGACAGGCUUUACGAGUGUCUCUCGUGUCCAGGACCAGAUGGAGGUAAAGUUUCGCGCGGCGUCCUUUCGCUUGAAUAGCACUUAAAUAAUACAAAAAAAAGGGGAAAAAAAGAAAAAAACAUUUGAAUGCACAAAACAAAGGUUGCUCGAGGGUACGAAGAAGCAGUGAAGGAAACUUGCGGAGAAAAGAGCCGGAAGCUCCUCGUGUGCGUGCUUUUUUUUUAUUCCGCGCAUUCGCACAGUCCCGACCUCGAAAAGCCCGCGAAACGAACCGCGAAAAACUUCGAAAUAUGAAGCGAGGCCUUGGUCAACAUUGUUUGUGAAGGGAGCAUGGGAAAUUUCAAGGGAAUGAGAGAAAUCAAGGACUUGUCAAUGAAAUUCGUAAAUAUCUCUGGCAAAUCUUUCAUUUCCAUAGCAUACACAUCCUCGAGUUAAAUUUAAAUUCAGCUAGUUUUAAUACUCGUCAAACACAUACCCAAAGUCGUUAAAAUGCUUACGUAACUCCAUUCAUUCAACUGCAUAUUUAAUUUCUUAUAUUCCAUUCAAAAAAUUUUCUUUUCUCAACGAGAAAAUUACCAAAGAUAGUAGAAUAACAGUAGAAGAAUCCACUCCGGAUCAAAAUACCCCAGUUUCAUACAAUACAAGUUUCUUCGUUUUCAGAAAGCCUUAAUAUGACCAGAUUCAAGUGUUGGGCUUAAUUUGGCGGAUAAAAUAUAUUUCCCACCGAUGAGCACGUCCUUCGACUUUUCGCACUGAGAUAGGGAAAAAUGUUGGGAGAAAGAAUGACUGAAUCGAUGGUGUGAAGAUAUCUGGAAAUGCUUUUCUACUAUUAAUAUCAUUAUUAUUAUCCUCAUUAUGAUCACCGUACAGUGAAGAACAAAAAGUCCGUUUCGAUUUCACCGGUCGAGUCUCCAGCUUCGUUCGACGACUCUUAUGUAUUUCCGUGUAUACUUCAAUGUUUACGUGCAUGUAUUUAAACAUGUUCAUAAACACAAAUCUCACACUCGACGUAUGUGCAUCAAUGUAAUACGUCGUAGCAGCAGCAGCCAGUAGCUUGUAAUUUUCCUGCGAAAUAAAAUCAUCGUCGAUACACGAGGGACAUUCGGUCAAUUGUUAUUGAUUUCGUGGUAAAAGUGUUUUGAAUGUCGACCAAGUGUAAAGGUGUUAAAUCAUCAGUAAAUUUCAAAGUGCCCGGCUUAUUCAAAAAUGGGUUGAUCCACCCGACUGUUAACAAAACUAUGCUCUCGUAAUUUCACGCGUUUAUUAAUAGCAGUUUAAAGAACGAUUGAUAAACUUUCAUACAGUUAUUGUGGAAAUUGAGAAUGACGAUACUACAAGUGCGACUGAAAACAAUGAAAUAGAAACUGAAUGGUGCAAAGACGUUGUUCCUCGCUGCAGUAGAAAACUAAAUAUCGAGACUUUCCCUAUCGUUCAAAUCUUCGUACAAUGUUAAACUGUACCGAUCUCGAGUGCAUCCUGCACCAUCAUCAUUAUUAUGCUCAUUUGCAUCAACUGCAGUCCCAUCUGCCACCGGAUCACGAGGGAGACGCCCUUUCCACAGCCGCUGAGGAUGUCAGAGAGGACAGUCAUGCGCCAGAAAAUGAAACGAAUCCACCGGUCGACAGCGUGUACAUGAUAUUCGGAGUCCUAAUUGCUAUGGUCCUUGUUGGCGUCAUAAUCGUCUUGUUAGCAGUGACCAUCAGCAAAUUGCGAAAGCGGGAAGAUCACGGUGGCAACGAGGCCCAUACGGAACCAUCGGUCGUACAAACUGCAACUCCGGUCGUCGCUGCGCAACAAACCGUAUUAACAACUACUACGGCCAAUACGGAUUUUCGAUGCAAUCCGAGUAUCAAUACCGCUACUACGACAACUUGCACCGUAAACACCAUCGACGUCGUUAACGGGAUUCCCCAGGGAAAUCUCGCCUAUGCUAACGACAACGGUGAUCAAUUUAUCUGGCAAUUCCCACCUCCAUAUCCACCGCACACGCCACCGCCACAGUACACGUUGUACAACGACCAGGAUACUCUUGUACACGGACUCCAGUCGGACAGACCUGGUUUUGCCAAGGGCUUCCGCAAGAACCUCGGUGGACGUUGGCGUCGUUUGGUUAAGAGGAAACCGGAAACGGAGACAUGUGCCAUUCCUCCUGAGCUGAAAGAUCAGCUCAAAACCAUCUACGUUUAUUGACCUGACGGGGACAUCGAAGAACGGACAUUUCCGAUGGAACCGCAUCUCCAAACCCUCAAAAUCAAGUCCAGUCGCAUAAAUAAAUUCAACUUUCGUAAAUCGAAUCGUCCUUGAUUGAUGAACAAGGAAAAUAAAAGAGGCAACUGAAAACUCGACUGUUUUAAUUCAAAUCACGAAUGCAGCGUUGAACCGCUGAACAUCCUCGCUUCCAUCGGACCUCGUGAAUUAACAUUCUUCAUGGAAAAAGCUUCGACCUCAUAAAACCGACGAAACUUCAUUCGUUUAUUCAUUACGAAUAAGAAGAUAAAAGCGAGACGACACUCAACGAGGAUUAAAAAAGUUAACUUCUUGUGAAAAGUAACAGAGUCCAAUGAGCUUUAAGCCGGUCAAUUUCUUCGAGGAUUAUACCUUCUUACGGUCCCUAGACAAGGACACGAGAGAACGGACCAAAAACAAACAACUAGAGAUAAUAGCACCGGUUUUACGAGCAUGAAGCUCAGGCUAUGAGACCAUCGGAAGCGAGUACGCGGUAAAAGCAUCGCAAACGGAAGAUCAUACUUACGAAAAUUUCAAACAUCCUUACAUCCUUGUUCAAAGUCCUCGAGCGUUUUCACAUCAAAAAAAUAUCUCGCCGUUCGAUUACCCCGUCCAAGAGGAUCAACGACUCAAAUCAACUUCCGGUAUCAUCGAGUCAAGUGCCUUUUUUCGCCUCCAUAAGCCGCUGUCCUCAAGAACAAAAAACACAAGUAGAAAAAUAUACGACAAAACUAAGAAGAGAGUGAGUGAGAGAGAGAGAGAGAGAGAGAGAAGGAGAGAAAGAGAACAAGUCCCACAUCGUGUUUUCGGCCCCAAACGUUUUAGCGACUGUGACCAAAAAAAAUCAAUUUUUAAAAACUACAUUAAAAUCAUCCUGCAAACGAUUUUGACGAGAGGACGAUGGCAAGAGGAAUCACUUCAUGAGACUGAAAUAUAAGAGUAGAGAUAAAUUCGAAAAAACGAUAAAAACAAACGUGAAAAUAAAACUACAAUAGAUAACGCACGGAUCGUGAGAAAAAAGUAAUAAUUUAAUAACAACUAGACGAUAAUGGGAUGAAGACCGAAUACGAUGGGGAGAUUCGAGUAAAGAGUAAACGAAAGAUAUCAAUUUAAAUCCAAAUCGCAUUAGUAUUACGUAUACCUGAGAAUACGACGAGCGUGGGGCUGCUUUUUAUUUUUGUGUCUGCGUCAAAUCUACUCACUCGUUGCUAUUAUCCAAUUACCAUUAUCAUUAUUAUUACUUAUUAUUGAUUAUGUAUUUGUUCUUUCUUUGGGCAGUCCCCCAAGGAAAAAGCCUCUGUAAAUACGUGUAUAAAGCAAUAAGCACGAAUUUUAUUUCUUUUUAUCGAGAGUUAUCCGUGUGUGCGUGCGAAUGAGAACCAAAAAAAUGGAAAAAAACACACAAAAAACAAAUGAGCGAAAUAAUAUUGUAUGAGCGAACGUGAAACACCGCCAAUGGGAAUUACAAAAAACUUGUCUCGACGAAAAGAAAUAAAAUUUUCGGUCUUGCGCGCGCCUGUUACGAAUGACAAUGUAAUAAAUAUGCGAUUGAAUGAAAGAAGAAAAAGAAUGCCGAGAAAAACAAUCGUUUCGGUCGUUGGCAUGGCGUGGGGAACGAACGCCGGACGCCUCUACGAGCGGAUUUCCGGCGAUAGACCUUCAACAUGAUUUUCCUCAAUCAUUGAUAUUUCGUUUCGUUGAAUUAUCUCGAUAUUGUUUUCUCUUCCCUCUGCGCAACAUAUCGAUCUUUAUCGCAGUAUUUAAAAAUUCGCCUAAACGCUCCCGAACACGCAGUGCGGCGCAACACGCUCGAGUCCAAACUACCCGAUAAUAAUUCAAGCGCAUUUCCGUCGACCGAACGAUUCGGCAGUGUUGCAUAGUGCAUUUCUUAGCGAGAAAUUUGUAACAUAGACCACUAUAUUAAGACUAAUCGGAUAUUUGAAACUGAGACGGCUCAUAUUGAGACCACUACUACGAUCGCUUGCGAGAACGAAUGGGAAAUUAAGGAACCCACGAAUAAGGGAAAACACUUUUGAAAAAUGGUAUUUUUAGUCGAAUUGUUGUAUUAUUUCAUAUACGAUGCGAAUAUAGUUGAGCUUUACACUUCAGUACACACAAAAACAUAGGCCGAAUACGGCAGAACUUCCGAUUCCACAAAUGUUUUGCGACGAAAUUGGAGAUGAAGGAAAAAUAAAGUUGACUGUCAUUUUUUCAAUCUGAUGAAAUUUUAUUUAUUUAUUUUUUUUUCUUUAUUUUUCUUUUUUUCAAUGGAAAACAUUUUUUCAAAUCGUAUAAAAUUCCUACACGAAUCCGAGUCCUUCUCGGUUCCUACAAUAUCAAAAUUUUAUUAUUAUUAUUAUUAUUAUUUUUUUUUCAUAUCGUUCGAAUGAAUAGGGCUAAAAACAUUGAAAAAAUUGAACCUCGGCGACAAUAAUCACUCAACGCGUGCCCGGUUUUAUCUGAAAAUUCUUGGGUCACAAUCCCAUUUCCGCAUCUCUGUUUUUUUAUAGAUAAAUCAUAAUUGAUAUUUUUUGUUUGAUCGUAAACGCCCCGGCGAAUGCGUGCGCGUGAUUGUAUGGGUGAAGAAAAAACAAAAGAGAAAAGCUGAGGAAAUAAUGGAAAAUGUUUAUAAGAGCGAAUACGAUGUAUCGAUAACCGAAAUACCAACGAUGUGCCUACAUAAUUAUCGUUUCCGUUACAUUCGAUGGAAUGGAAUCUAUUUUAUCGAGGGGUCUCGUUUUUAUUUUCCUAAAUCUUCGACACUCUGAUCCUCCACGUUAUUCGGGCUGCGCCUUCAAUACCUAGUCACUUUGUUAAUAUCGACGAGAAAUGAUGUGGAGCGAAUAAAAAUAGUAGUUAUUACGAUUACAAUAAAUAAUGGAUAAUAAUAGCGUUACAGAGAAAACAAUAAACGAAACCUGGAAAAUAUGCAACAAACUGAUUUUACUUUAGAUUACUAUCGCGCAGCUUGAUAAUGUUUUCGUCGAGAAAAUGUUGUAGAUACGAUGUCAAAUAAAGUACAAGUGAAUUAUA